AUGUACUCCAAAUCACUCACGGCAAUCUUGUUGACAGAAGAACAUCACCUUAUUGAGUUUCCCUCACUUCUACUUCCACCUGGUGUUUCUUCAGGCAGUAUAGUGAACAUUAAUGUUGCUCGUAACUACGAGCAAGAAUCAGCCCAGAGUCGAGAUUUUUGGUCACUUCAAGAAGCCAUAUUAAAAGAUAAACAAGAAUUAAUUGAAAUUAUAAAAAGAAUUGGUGCAAAAUAUGAAGAACAUGUUGGACCUGACACAACUCAUUUAAUAUGUAAUGCACAAGGUGGUAUUGAGUAUCAACGAGCAAUUGAAGGUAAUAUACCAAUCGUGAAACCUGAAUGGUUGGUUGCUUGUGAAAAAGCUGGUAAAAUACUAGCUUCACCUUACUAUCUUAUACCACAAUCAGUUUUGGGGUAG